AUGAUUCAGCUGAUGAAGGAGAAUGUUGGAAAUGGCUUAGUUUGCAAUAUAUAUAAAAAUAGUAGAUUACAAGCAAACAUUCGAAGUGAUGAGUUCUUUCACAGAAUAAAGGACUGGUUUGGACAGUUGAAGAAUCAAUUUUACACAAAAUUAUUUGGAGAAAUAACCACCGUGGCUCCUCCCGCUUUGUCAACAGAUAUAUUGGACUUGGAUGAGCUUCAAUUAAAACGAAAAUUACAGGAUCGGGAAUGGCUUAGAGUGGACUUGUCUACCGUAACAUUUGACCCUGAUCGAGAUUGGGGAUUCCGCGUUGGCAACUGGUACUUCAUUCGGAAAGAGCUUAAAAAUGACAAUGGUUUUAAAAAAAAUAACGCAGAUGAUUUGGACUUUCAACACCGAAGUCAACCAACAGAUCCAAUUGGAGUAAAAACUGAAGAGACCUCGGAUGAUACGACUGAACUAGAAGCUAUGGAUUCUUUAUCAGUCAUGUCGACUACGACUGCAUUCACGACGGUAGAUGUUAUGACGCAAUUAAUGACACAGCAAGCCGACACACACGUAACAACGCAAAGUAACAUACAAAUCGAUACAUCCGAGAAUCCUUCAUCGAGGACAGAACAACGAAUAGCAGAUAACGAAACAAAUAAUGAUCUACUUCGUAGAGGAUCCGUGGAAGUCUUAAUGGGAUAA